CCGCCGGGGUGUCAUUCCGCCGCGGCUAGAGGACACGCUCAAGAUGGCGGCGGUGUCGGGGCUGGCGCGGAGACCCCUGCAGCAGGUCUCGGGGCUGCUGAGGAGGCGCUUCCACCGGAGCGCGGCGGCCGCGGUGCAGGUCACAGUUCGUGAUGCUUUAAAUCAAGGCAUGGAUGAGGAACUGGAAAGAGAUGAGAAGGUAUUUCUUCUUGGAGAAGAAGUGGCUCAGUAUGAUGGAGCAUACAAGGUUAGUCGAGGCCUGUGGAAGAAAUACGGAGAUAAGAGGAUCAUCGACACCCCCAUAUCUGAAAUGGGCUUUGCUGGAAUUGCUGUUGGUGCUGCUAUGGCUGGAUUGCGGCCCAUUUGCGAAUUCAUGACCUUCAAUUUCUCUAUGCAAGCUAUCGACCAGGUUAUAAACUCGGCUGCCAAGACCUACUACAUGUCUGGGGGCCUUCAGUGCGUCCCCAUAGUCUUCAGGGGUCCCAAUGGUGCCUCGGCGGGUGUGGCUGCUCAGCACUCACAAUGCUUUGCUGCCUGGUAUGGCCACUGUCCGGGCUUAAAGGUGGUCAGCCCCUGGAACUCAGAGGAUGCAAAAGGACUCAUUAAAUCGGCCAUUCGAGAUAACAAUCCAGUGGUGGUGUUAGAGAAUGAACUGAUGUACGGAGUUCCUUUUGAACUUCCCUCAGAGGCUCAAUCGAAAGACUUCCUGAUUCCUAUAGGAAAAGCCAAGAUAGAAAGGCAAGGCACACACAUCACCGUUGUUUCCCAUUCAAGACCUGUGGGCCACUGCUUAGAGGCUGCGGCAGUUCUCUCUAAAGAAGGAAUUGAAUGCGAGGUGAUAAAUAUGCGUACCAUUAGACCUAUGGACAUUGAAACAAUAGAAGCCAGUGUCAUGAAGACAAAUAAUCUUGUGACUGUGGAAGGCGGCUGGCCACAGUUCGGAGUAGGAGCAGAAAUCUGUGCCCGCAUCAUGGAAGGCCCCGCAUUUAAUUUUUUGGAUGCUCCUGUGGUUCGUGUCACUGGUGCCGAUGUCCCUAUGCCUUAUGCAAAGAUUCUAGAAGACAACUCUGUACCUCAGGUUAAAGACAUCAUAUUCGCAAUAAAGAAGACAUUGAAUGUCUAGUCUGGACUUGAAUCCCAAGUCAUCUGUAUUUACUUAAAAUACUUGCUGACACUUUACAUAUUAAGACCUUCUCAUUCACAAACUCAUCUUUAAAGCAACAAUGCAGAUGUUUUUGUACUGGGAAGAAGCUUAAAUAUGCUUGGUUUGUGGAAAAAACUACUCCUGCCCAAGACUCCAUGGUUUUUGUUUUAGUCUUCUUUUGGUCUGUUACAGUUUCUAUAUUCUCUGAAAAAGGCUAAUGUAAAAGUUUACCCUUAUUAGAAUGAAAACAUCUGAAUAUGUAAAAAUAAUGCAUAUAAUCUGCAUUGACUGUAAAUUUUGAUAAGGAAUAAAGAAAUUCCUAACUGA